UAUCUGGAAUUCCUGGCUUCUCUCGAGUAAGGAAAUGACCCUGCAAGUUAAAUAAGUACGGAGCAUAAGCUUGGAACAAGGUUAAAUCGACGGCCGAAAGUUCGUUUUUAAAUUAAUUGUGCACUUGCUAAGCAGUUAGUAUAAAGCAGGUAUACAUGUCAUAAUGGAGAUAGAUAGGAGCCAUUAAAAGAAAUUUUCUUGGAAGAAAUAAACUGGAAAGAAAUGGCAAAGUUAUGUUUCUGCAAAAUUCUGGUGUCGGUUGCGCUUGUGUUUCAGCAAAUUUUACAUUCAGGCUGUCAAAACUAUGGGUAUGAGAAUAAUGGGCCCCCUACUUGCAUAGAUUUUGAGAGUCCCACAAUAUUGCAAACUGAUGGCACAAGAGCAGGGCAAAUUGUGUACCCAUUAAUGGGCCCUACAUAUAAGAAUAACCAGUUGUGUGAGUGGGUAAUCAUGACGGAGCGAGCUGGUUAUGUGAUCAAGCUGCAAGUGUUGGAUUGCAAGCUUGAGGACAAGGACAUCUAUGGUGAAUGUAGCACGGAUUAUGUGGAUGUUUUUGACUGGAAAAAUGGGCAACCUGUGUUCCAAAAUCGAUUCUGUGGUACUGAAUCCGGAAUGAUUUAUGAAAGCUCAAGCCAAAAGAUGACUCUAAGAUUCCACUCUAGUGCCACUCUAACGUUUUCUGGUUUUACUGCUCGGUACCAAUCUGUUGAAGCUGCUGGUGAUAUGGACUCCAAGACAGUUCUUCUUGCCAUUUGUAUUCCCGUUGCUGUAAUCAUACUUGCUAUGUGUAUACCUUUUAUAUGGGGCAUGUUGAGAAUUUAUCAUCGGAAGACUGCCCCACCGACCCGCGUACCAUCGAACAACCCGCCUCCCUACAGCAUCACCAACCAAGACCCAGCGUCUUUGACCAAUCUACCUCUCCGUCCCAUGGUCCCUGCUCACAUUUCCCGCUGCUCCGCCCCACCUCCUUCGUACGAUUCCCUGCACUACGAAACUAUACACCUAGACAUGCCAGUGAACCCACCUCCCUAUGAGCUGAUAGUUAAAGAUAACGGACAUAUUCACACAUCAAGUGAAACUUGAACAGUUUGAAACUUGACGGCUGCGGCUCACUUUUUUUUAAAGUUUGGUUGUGCCACAUUUUCUCAACCAUUAUUUGAAAUGGUUGGGUUUAUCAGGUUGUUAUACUUUCUUGUCUACUCUAUGCAAGUAAAGUAAAAAAAAAAAUUUAUAAUUCAUUGUAUGGUAAUGUGGGUUAGCUCUUCACCCAUUAUGAGAACUCAUUUUUUUUCACAAUAAUAUAAUCUUUCAUAAAAAUACCUUUUUAAUUUUAACAUGUAUGUAAUUUUAAAAACAACAGACUUUUUUUCAGGUAGCUCAUUUAAAAUGUUUAGUUUAGUAUUAGAUUUUGGCAUUCAUCAUUCAAGAUAUAAUUUUUCUUUCUAAUGUUACACUUUUUAGCCCACUUUUUUAAAUCUUAAUUUUGUAUUAUAAAAUAAUCCUCAAACAUGUAAAUAGUCAGAAUCUCUUUU